ACUGUGCUCCGCAGCUGCAGAUACCGUCUACAGCAGACAGUACACGAAGCGAACAUGGGGCUGUUGAGCCUGCUGUCUCUCCUGGUGUUAUUGCACAGUGCUUGCUGCGCGCCUGCGGUCUCUGUUGAAGAGGAAUACCUGUUCAAGUUAUGGAAGGCACAGUACAACAAGCAGUACGGGCUGGAGGAGUAUUACCAUCGCCUGCAGAUCUUCGUGAAGAACAAGAGACAGAUUGAUCAUCACAAUGCAGGGAAUCAUAAAUUCACAAUGGGUCUCAAUCAGUUCUCUGACUUAACCUUCCUUGAGUUUAAAAAGCAGUACCUUUUGAACGAGCCGCAGAACUGCUCUGCUACUAAAGGGAACCACGUCAGCAGCAGUGGACCCUACCCAGACUCUGUGGACUGGAGAGAGAAAGGCAACUUCGUGACUCCAGUAAAGAACCAGGGCCCAUGCGGAAGCUGUUGGACGUUUUCAACCACGGGAUGCUUGGAGUCGGUAGUUGCCAUUGCAUCGGGAAAGCUUCCGCUGCUGUCGGAGCAGCAGCUGGUCGACUGCGCGCAGGACUUUAACAAUCACGGCUGUAAAGGCGGACUUCCAAGUCAAGCCUUUGAGUACAUCCAGUACAACAAGGGACUCAUGACUGAGGACAGCUAUCCAUAUACUGGACAGGACGGCACAUGCAAGUUCAAGCCUGAGUUGGCCGCUGCUUUUGUAAAAGAAGUGGUCAACAUAACCAAAUAUGAUGAAAUGAGCAUGGUGGAUGCAGUGGCCAGAUUCAACCCCGUCAGCAUGGCAUACGAGGUGACCUCUGACUUCAUGCAUUACCGAGACGGCGUUUACACAAGCACUGUCUGCCACAACACUACAGACACAGUAAACCAUGCAGUCCUGGCUGUUGGAUAUGGACAAGAAAGCGGCACCCCGUACUGGAUUGUGAAAAACUCAUGGGGGCCGUACUGGGGAAUGAAAGGGUACUUCUAUAUUGAGAGGGGGAAGAAUAUGUGUGGUCUGGCUGCUUGCUCAUCUUACCCCAUUCCUCUGCUGUAACACUUCAGGAAGGCCAGGCCCAUUGUGAAAGCAAGACACAUUGAAUCAAAAGGGAAAGCACAUGCACUGCGCUGAUACACAUGCGACAUGCACUGCACUGCAAUCCGGGAAUCAUUUUACAAUUGCAAUCGGGACUUGUUUAUGAUUAGGGGAAUUGUAUUCUUUUAAAUAAAAUUCUAAAUCGAGA